GACUUGUAGUAUAUCAUCCCCGUCCAUCGCUGCUCCCGAAACGAAACGAAACGAACCCCAAUCUUGAGCCGCCUUCUCCUGGAUUCCAAUCUUAGGCCGGCUCGAGGUGCCGCCCAUUUCAACGUGUCUCGCAUUCUUUACUAGCGGAGCAGAGCAAUAGUAGUCCGGCUGGCCGGUGCUGGUGCGUUAAUGGCGGUCGUUGACCUCUUCAACCUAGGCUCGCGCCUUUAAAUCGGGCGGGAAGCUAGCGUCUCCUACGUCGCCUCACCUCCCUCUUUCUCCAUCUCCGACCCUGAUCAAAAUCAAACCCAUCUCUGAUCCUUUCUUGAGCUCUGCAAUUCCAUUCCAUUCCAUCUCCCCCGUUCUCUGCUCUGUCUUGCUCUCCAACGUACAACCACCUGACCGGCCGUCACUUCAUAGUUGGCAGCAGCAGCAGCAAGCAAGCCGACUAAAAAUGGCGUCAGGAGAGAAGAAGACGACGACGAUCCUGGUGGCGAGGAAGGGCCGGCUGCGGCAGCGCUACGACGGCGAGUACCGCCUGGUGGCCGGCUGCGUGCCGUACCGCGUCGGCGCGGACGGCCAGCCCCAGCUGCUCAUGGUCUCCACGCCCAACAGGGACGACCUCGUCUUCCCCAAGGGCGGGUGGGAGGACGACGAGGACGUGCACGAGGCGGCUUGCCGCGAGGCGAUGGAGGAGGCCGGCGUCAAGGGCGCCAUCAACCGGACUGCGCUCGGGAUGUGGGUGUUCAGGAGCAAGAGCAGCCCGGUGAGCAGCGACGACAGCCCCCGGGGCGCCUGCAAGGGCUACAUCUUCGCGCUGGAGGUGGCCGAGGAGCUGGAGCAGUGGCCGGAGCAGGACACCCACGGCAGGCAGUGGGUCUCGCCGGCGGACGCGUACCGCCUGUGCCGCUACGACUGGAUGCGCGAGGCGCUGUCGGCGCUGCUGGACCGCCUCAUCACGGAGACGGAGCCCAAGCCCGCCGCCGCGGAGGGGCUCGGCGACCACAACGCCGGCGUGUGCAUGAUGAUGGUCAAGGCCGCCGCGGAUCGAGCGGUGGCGCUCUGCUAGCUCACCAAUGCCAAUGCUAAUGUCAAUGCCACGCGGCAGUCAUAAAACCGACCAUCUGAAGGCUCUCUGCUCCUUGCAACUAGAGACUGGUCACCUCAGGCACGGCUGUUCCUUCGAAUGAACUUUUUGGUGUCGGUUGGCUUCGUUGGAAAUGCUCUCUGGCUUCAACAAAUGCAGUGUUGCAAACUUGUCCGGUCAACCCCCUGGGCCUGUAAAUGAGUUUGGUUUGGCCACGGAUUAAAUCAAAUGAAUACAACUGUCAGAGUGUCAGUGCGUAGAGUUUCCUUGACUUUGUCAAGUCAUAAGCUUUCCACUGUUUUUAUC